AUGCCUGCACCCGGCGAGCAGCAUCUCUCCUCAGGCGGCCGCACAAUAACAAACCCAUUCGAAGAAGUCAAACCACGAAUAUCAGAGUUCACCGCCCAAGAAAUCGUUACACUUCAAGGCCGCUUGGAAAAACAACUGGGGCCGGAAUAUAUAUCAUCGAGAUCAGGGCCGUCAGGGCAGAAGGUACAUUACCUGGCUGCGGAGAAGUGUAUCCAACUGGCGAAUGAGGUCUUCGGAUUCAAUGGCUGGUCUAGCCAGAUCAUGGACGUGCAGGUUGAUUUUGUCGAUGAGCAUCCGCAAACAUUAAAAAUCUCUCUUGGAUUAUCGGUUAUUGUACGAGUUACGCUUCGAGAUGGGACCUUCCAUGAGGAUAUAGGCUAUGGGCAUAUGGAGAAUUGCAAGGGGAAAGCUGCGGCAUUUGAGAAGGCGAAGAAAGAGGGGACCACGGAUGCCCUAAAGAGAGCUUUGCGAAAUUUCGGUAAUGUUUUGGGUAAUUGCAUUUAUGACAAGGAGUAUUUGAGCAAGGUUACGAAGGUCAAGGCCCAGCCUACGAAGUGGGACGUCGAUAAUUUGCAUCGUCAUCCAACUUUUGCACCGGUCAAGAAAGAGCCAAAUCCACCAAACCCGGCGGAUGAGGAGUCGCAAUAUGGCAAUAAUGCUGCUAGCAUAACGUCUGCGGCCACUCUUGACGACGAAUUUGGAGAUUUUGAUGAAGCAGAUUUUGGCGUCGGUGAUCCAGAUGCACACCCAGAUGAAGUAGUGCUGCCUGGACCUUCUGCGGCUUCAAAUCGACCUACAGCUGCUCGAAGUGGGAAUUCUGGAGCAAGCUCUGGGUUGCAAGCUCAUAGCAGACCUACUACAAGUCGCCCACAGGCGAUGGCUGCCCCGCCAGGCCGUCCUCAAAAUGGAACAGUAACCAACAGUGGUGGUAAUGCAGCACCACAACCACAACCACAGCCCCAGACUCCUCACUCUGGCUUCACUAGAUCCGCUUCCAACGGGUCUGGCCAAGGAAUAAGGGCAGCACAGGAUCCUGUUAAUCAGUCCAGGCCAGCGUUACAGGGCCAAUCACAUCCCAUCGCUGGCCGUAUCUUGAUGCAACCUAGUCGUAAUGGAGCGGUAUCAGCACCCGGAUCUCCAGGUCGAGUUCAUAAACCUUCAGAUGGCAGCGAUGCCGCAAGCUUACCUCCCCAAGGAGCGGGAUUUUACUCAGCCCGAGCAGCAACUAUGCUCCCGGAAGGCCAAGGUCAAGAGGGAGUACCGGCACCAAUACCCAACAAUAUGCCUGUAUUCAACCCCCACGCGGAAUCGCCAUCUAUUAGGAAGACACCGGGUGUCGACCACAAAUCCUCGAAACCCCUGACGAAAGAUCUUAAGCACGUGCCCGGAUCGACACAGGCUGCCCCUGGACCAGCUCCUGGACCGAGAGGAAACAUUGUGACCCCGCAACUUGACACUACGAGGAGAAUUGGCGCGCCGAAUAAUCCGAGCCCUAUGAGUAAUCGGAGUAUGUAUAAGCCUCCACUAAAAAGACCGGUGGAUUCUGGAGGCGGAGGGUUUAACUCUGCGAGGACACCGUUGGUGGAUUUACCUGCCAAUGAGCCUAUCGCCGGUAGCACUACUGGGGGCGACUUGAAGAGGCAGAGGUUGAACGGCUAG